GGAGUGAUGCAUCUCCCUGCGUGUCUGUGCCUCGUGCUCAGCUUGGUGGGAGGAGGGAGCUGUGCGUGUCCUUCGCGGUGCAGCUGCGAUUAUCACGGCAGAAACGACGGCCUGGGGUCCAGGUUGGUGCUAUGUAAUGACAUGGAUAUCAAUGCGAUCCCCACCAACUUCCCUGUGGACACUGUGAAGCUUCGCAUAGAGAAGACUGUCAUCCGUAGAAUCUCUGCUGAGGCCUUCUACUAUCUGGUGGAGCUCCGGUACCUCUGGGUGAGUUACAAUUCUGUGGCCAGCAUUGACCCCAGCGGCUUCUACAACCUAAAGCAGCUACAUGAGCUGCGCUUGGAUGGGAAUUCUCUGGCUGCUUUCCCUUGGCCAUCUCUACUGGACAUGCCCCAUCUGAGGACACUGGAUUUGCGCAAUAACAGAAUAACCAAUGUGCCAAAUGAGGCAGUUAGGUAUGUGAAGAACCUCACCUACUUGGAUUUAUCAAGCAACAGGCUAAGGACAUUGCCUCCAGAUUUUCUGGAGAGCUGGUCUCACUUAGUCACAAUUCCUUCUGGAAACCUGGACCUCUCGCCAAGAAGAAUUAUUCUCGGUCUGCAGGACAACCCUUGGUUCUGUGACUGUCACAUUUCCAAAAUGAUUGAGUUGUCGAAGUUUGCUGACUUUGCUGUAGUGCUUCUUGAUCCACUGAUGGUCUGUAGUGAGCCCGAGCACCUCGCAGGAAUUUCGUUUCAGCGGGCUGAGCUGGAGCAGUGUCAGAAGCCAUCUGUGAUGACCUCGGCCACCAAAAUCAUGUCUGCUCUGGGCAGUAAUGUCCUGCUGCGGUGCGAUGCCACUGGCUUCCCCACCCCGCAGCUCACGUGGACCAGAUCCAACAGCUCACCAGUUAAUUAUACAGUUAUACAGGAAUCUCCCAGGGAAGGAGUCAGAUGGUCCAUAAUAAGCUUGACGGGCAUUUCUUACAAAGAUGCUGGAGAUUACAAAUGUAAGGCCAAAAAUUUGGCUGGGAUGUCAGAAGCUGUGGUUGCGGUGACAGUGGUUGGCAUUGUCACCACCACCCUAUCAACAGACACUUCUGAAAGAAGAACUGGGAAUCAUCCUGAGCGGGAGGUCCAGCCAGGAUCUGGAAGCCUGCCGUCCACACCUAGUUCAUCAUCCGCCUGGUCCUCUUCCUCUCCUCCUUCCUCCCCGGAGUCUUCCACUUCUCUGUCGAAUUCCACGCUGUCUCCUCCCUCCACGCCUUCCUUCUCUUUAUCUCCUUUCCUCUCCUCCCUUGUUUCUUCAACCACAACGCGAAGCUCUGGCAUUUCAGCAAGUACCACCAUGGCCAGCAGGCUGUCGCUCCAGGUCCAACAGGAUGGGAAAAGAAAUUUAAAGGUGGAGAUGAAUGGAAGCAAGCUUCCCCCAGCCAGUGCAAGUAAAAAAGAAGGGCUGGCAAUGCCUAUGGAGACAAAUGCCAUGGUAGAGAAUCUCAGGGUGGUUGGUGAGACUCAAGAGAGCGUGACUUUGAUGUGGAACAUCAUUAAUACCACACAUAACUCUGCGGUGACUGUGUUGUAUUCCAGAUAUGGUGAGAAGGACCUGCUGCUGUUGAAUGCAGACUCUAGCCAGAAUCAAGUAACCAUAGAUGGCUUGGAGCCUGGCAGGCAAUACGUGGCCUGUGUCUGCCCAAAAGGAGUGCCUCCCCAGAAAGACCAGUGUAUCACCUUUUCUACCAAAAGAGUUGAAGACCAUGAUUUUCAAUGGUCUUUGCUUAUUGGGGUAACCAGUACUGCCUGUAUUAUUGUCUUGCCAUUGAUUUGUUUCUUGUUGUACAAAGUUUGCAGACUGCAAUGUAAGUCAGACUCUUUCUGGGAAGAUGAUUUGGCAAAAGAGACUUACAUUCAAUUCGAGACCCUGUCUCCCAGGUCUCAAAGUGUGGGGGAGCUAUGGACACGAAGGCACAGGGAUGACUCAGAAAAAGUACUGCUCUGUUCUAAGACAAGAGAGGGAUCUCAGAUGACCUUUAAAAACGAGGGCUCCAGACCAGAGUUUUAUUGCUAAGGUUCUGCAGCUCAGGCACAUGUGAGCUACAACAUUAGAAUCUGAAGGUAUAAUUGACCCUCUGUUUGCGUGGCUUUUGGACAGACUUUCAUAUCCUAUGUGAAAAUCACAAAUGGAAUUCUUUUAAGCAUGUUUUAGAAAAACACCCUGAGACUUCUGAUAAUUUUUGUUGUGUGGAAAAAUGCCCAUAGAAAUAAUUUUUAGGGUGGUGCUUAAAAAGUUGAUUAUAAUUAAUAGAGAAAUGCUUUAGUUCUUAAAAAUAAGUUCAUGUGAAAAUAGUAAGGAAACUGUACAUUUUGAAAAGAUAGGUUUUUUUGAGCAGUAAGGAAAGAUUUGUAAAACCAGCUAAGCCUUGAUGUUCAUUCUCAUUCAAAGUGCUUUAUGCCAUUUGCUGUGGACAUUUGCUGGCAUUGCCUAGUGGGUGAGCAUGAGAUUGUAAAGAAUUUUGCAUUUACUAAGGUUAAAUCCAACCCAGUAAGGGAGAUGUGUGUUUCUUGGUACCAUUAUGCAUUACAAUACUGAAGAGUUGUGUUCAUAUUGCACGUAAGAAAAAUGUUCCCUUGUCUUUAGAAAUAUAGGUAUUAGAAAAAAUAAGUAAAAGAAAGGAUUAUGACAAAUGGACCAUUUCUAAGAAAUUGUAACUGUUACAUUUAAAAACAUCUGCUGACGGAUUGUGUAGGUUUUUGCAUUAAUUUUAAAACAAUCUCUUCGGCACUCUGAUAUUUGCUCUUCCUUCCUCCCUUCGACCUUCCCUCCUUCGUCUUCCUCCACCUCACCUUCCUUCCUUUAUUUUGUUUUUGUCCUUCUGCUUUAUCAGAAGAUGUACAGGCAGCCAAAGGACCACACGCUAAGCUGUUUGGUUUUUGCCACGUUCUGUUUUGAUUCUCUGGAUAAAGAGAAGGCCUUUGAAAUUGCGGACUACCCUUUGAGGUAUUUUUUUAGAUCUCAAAAGGAUAUUUUAGGAUUUUGAAAGAGGAGCAUCCAUGGAUUCAUUUGGCCAAAUUUUUCUAGGUUAAAAACAUAAGAGAAAUUGAAUUGAAGUGAAUCACAUGAAUUGGAAAGAAGCUCUAUAAAUAAAAUUUGGGUUUCUUACAAAGAUUUCUGUGGCUGUAGUAUACAAUGAGGGAACAUUGCCAGAAGAAACUGCUAGACAGGAGUCGGUGUCUGGGACUUAUUUAGAGGACAAUCUAACUGAAGAUUAAUGGUAGCCAUCAGGCCCACUCCAGCAUCUGGCAGGGCUGAUGCUACAUGUCACUGGCGGUCUGAUGCCACCUUGCCUGGGGAUUCUAACUGUGGCCCAGGGAUUUUCCAGAGACAAGGCUACCCCAGCACACACGCAGCUUUCAUAAACCUGGGGACAAGAAUAGCUUACACAACCUUUAUGAAAGAAACACCUGGUAACUCACCCAGACUGAAUAUAAAAUAAUAGCAAAUAAAGGGGAAGGACCCCCCCCCAAAUGCAUGUCUCCAGACCUCACUGCUCCAUUCUGAGUCUUCCUGGUCCUCCUGUCCCAUUCUCACCUGCCAUUGCUCCGCAGUCAAGCAACUUCAAGCCUGCUGCCACCAUUUAGUCCAUUUAACUCCAUCUUCUUCCCCUGAAGCCGUCUUCCCAGCACCAGCAUACCCACUGCCUUUCAAUGCUCCAGGUGGCCUGACACUCCACAUCCAAUUGUUGCUUCUCCAGACCUGUUCACUGAUUACUUUGCACUGAGGGUCAUUGAUAAGAGGGACCACCACAAGGUCUUUUGGGCCAUCCACUGAGCAGCCAAAACUUCCGGCUUGCUGAGCAUGCCUUCACCAACCUUCUGCCACUCGCUCAUGUUUGAAAAUCAAGCCUGUCGAUUGCCCUCCCCUUACCAUUAGUGAGACUGCAUGAGAUCACAGCUGAACCCUGCUCUCAUUAGCUUCCCUAAUUGCUCAGAUGGAUGCUGGACUUAACUAUACCUCUCUCUAAAACCUUUCUGUGAUGCAGUUUGGUUCCCACCAGAUUAUUCCAAGGAUGCCACUAAUUCCUGCCCCUCCCACAGGAUGUGCUCGUGGGGCACCUGGACUUGCUUUCUGGGUACUUAUCAUCUGA